AUGGAGACUCACGAGUUUGAUGCCACGGGCAAAGGGCAGUCCCUUUUCGAGACCCGUGGGAUUAAUAUCGAUAGAGACAACAGCGCUCUAAUCCGUUUGGGAAAACAGCCAGUUCUAAAGGUAUACCUGCAUCUUUCUGUAGACAAACGAGGGCUGAGUGAUAACCUUGUGUUUAGCGAAGCUUUGGUUUCAUGUCAAUUCUUGGAUUUAGUUGCACCGUUUUGGUCACCUGGGAAGCAACACUGAUUCUGUUUGCCUCGGGAUAUACAAAUGGUGGUCCAGCGGGAAUGGUUUAUGGAUUUCUUCUUGUCUGGGCUGGAACACUAAGCACGUUCGCUGCGCUGUCUGAACUAGUCUCCAUGGCACCUACUUCCGGUGGACAGUACCACGUAAGAAACUGUUUCAUUUUGCCUCAAUCUCACGUCCCAUCCUCAAUAGCCGGAGGGAAUCCCAACUAAUUACACAUCUCUCUGUAUUUAAAGUGAAAGUUUUGUUGCUAAUUCAUUGCAGUGGGUUUCAAUGCUUGCAUCCCCUUCGUCAUCGAAGUUCCUCAGCUAUAUUACCGGUUGGCUCACUGUUGGCGGAUGGCAGGCGGGCGUUGCUUCAGCCUCAUAUUUAACGGGAACAAUGAUUCAAGGCGUAAUUGCGCUUACGGUCACCGACUACUCGCCCCAAGGAUGGCAUGGCACUUUACUAUUCUGGGCCGUAUUGUUUUUUGCAGUGUUCAUCAACACGGUUGUCAGUGGUCUGCUGCCAAAGUUUGAAGGCUUGAUAUUGAUCCUUCACAUACUUGGAUUCUUUGGUAUAAUGAUUCCACUGGUUGUGCUAGGAAAGCAUAGCGAGCCGUCGUAUGUCUUUACAAGUUUUAACAACGAUGGAGGAUGGCCAACUCAAGGACUGUCCUUCUUCGUUGGACUUUUGGGACCCGCUUAUGGCUUCCUGGGUGCUGACGCAGCUUUUCAUGUAAGAUAUCUAGCUUGAGUUAUUGCUCUUGCACUAGGAUAUUACUAACAGUGAAGUAGAUGUCCGAAGAGAUACACAAUCCUUCAGUCGUUGUACCACGGUCGGUAAUGCUAACCAUUGUUCUCAAUGGAGUGACGGGAUUCGCAAUGAUUUUGACAUUCUUGUUUUGUAUAGGCGACAUCGACGUCGUACUUGCAACAAACACGGGAUAUCCGUUCAUGGAGAUUUUCUUGCAAGCAACGCACUCGAGGGCGGGAAGCGCUGCCAUGGCUUCACUAAUCAUCGUACUUUCUCUCUCUGCUACGGUCGGAUUAUUAGCCUCAACAUCCCGCAUGUUCUGGUCUUUUGCCAGAGAUAGAGGGCUACCUGGAUGGCGGAAACUUCAACAGGUAAUCACCAGCCCUUGCGUUCUCCGUAUCUACUCGCUAACCCUGAUUUUAGAUUGACAAGCGAACAUCCGUGCCCAUCUGGUCUGUCGCAGUAACCAUGACAAUCUCUUUCCUCCUUGCCCUGAUUACUAUCGGCUCAGCAACAGCUUUCAACGUCUUCGUCUCUUUGACCGUUGUCGGACUAUUUACAUCUUAUUUACUGGCGGCUAGCCUCCUCUUAUACAGGCGCUGCACAGGCGCUAUCAGGCUCUCCUCGGACUCCCCUAUGGAUAUGGUCAAUACCGUUAAUGCACCAUUAGUCUGGGGCCCAUGGCGUCUCCGUGGAGUCUUUGGCAUUGCCAACAAUGCUUUCGCAUGCAUCUACCUUACCAUUGUCUUGUUCUUCAGCUUCUGGCCAUCAGCUACACCUGUGGUGGCCGCGACGAUGAAUUAUAGCAGUUUGAUGGGGGGCGCGGUGGUACUUUUUGCAAUUGCCUACUAUAUUCUGCAUGCUCGGAAGGUAUACAUAGGCCCGGUGUUGGAAACGCGGUACCCAAUUACUGGGUAA